AUGGCUGCGCUUGUUACGGGGCCCUCUAGGUCCCGUGCAUGCAGCCAGCCUCCUCGUGGGAGUGCUGGGGCUUCGGGAGACCCCUCCUGCUUCCCCAAGGCAGGAGCGGCAGCAGCUGGAGGAACAGCAGCAGCAGCUUCUGGUGUUGCUGCUUCUGUUGGUGGUUCUGAAGAAGACGCCGAAGGAGCUGCUGUAGACUGCAGCACGACAGAAUCUAUUCUUCUUUCUACCAGAGUUGCAGCUGCAGCAGCAGAUACCCCGCAAGACGACUUGGGGUACAGCAAGGCUCCGUUGCUGCCACCAUGCUUGCACGGCGCUGCAGCAGAAGCAGCAGCAACGGGUGAGGCAUCCAAGUGUCUUGAUGCGGAGUCAGCAGCAGCAGCAGCAGCAGCAGCAGCAAGUGGAGGGAAGCCAUACAACUGGUUGGCUGCAGCGUCACCAACAGCAGCAGGCGGUUGGAGGUCCCCCCCAAUGUACUGCAGCACUGCGGUGUCUCCUUCUUCUCGCUGCGAGCAGCUGUCUUGCUGCGGCUCUCCUGCUAGCCGGUGGGGUGAGUGCUGCUGCCUCUCCAGCCUUCAGCUGCAGCAGCUGCGGUGCGCCGAACCCCCCGCCCGCCAGCCCGCUGCAGCAGCUGGCGCUGCAGUUGGUGCUGCAGCUGGUUGUGCAGCUGGUUGUGCAGCUGGUGCUGCUGCGGCUGGUGCUGCAGCUGGUGCUGCUGCUGCAGCUGCAGCUGGCGCCGCUGCAGGUGGUGCUGCUGCAGCAGACCCCACAGCAAAUGCUGAUGAAGGAUUCCAAACCAUCCAGCAGCAGGGGGAAGACUGCAGCAGCAGCAGCUGCAGCAGCAGCGCAGGAGGGGAGAUUUUGCCAGCAGGGAUGCAGGAACAGGGAGCCCCAGGGAACGGUGCAGCAGCAACCGUAGGUGAUGCUGCUGCAUCGGUAGCAGCAGAAGCAGCAGCUCCUGCUGCACCAGCAGCAGUAGAAGCAGCAGCAGCUGCUGCACCAGCAGCAACAGAAGUGGCAGCUUCUGCUGCACCAGCAGCAGCAGAAGCAGCAGCUGCUGCUACAGCACUCAAUGAUACUGAAGUUGCUGCUUGCUCCCCCUCUGCAGCAGCAGCCAAGUGCGACGAAGGACUACCAAACCCAUCUCCUGCGUGGGAUAGUGAGGGGGCCCCUGCUGCUGCAGCAGAAGCAGUAAAAGCGGCAGCAGCAGAAGCAGUAGCAGAUGCUACUGCAGCAGAAUCACCAGACAUCACCAUAAGAGCAACAAUGACGACAGAAAAUAUAGCAACAGGUGUGGCGGCGGAAGCAGCAGCACCUGCAGUAGCGGCAGCACCUGCAGCAGCAGCAGCAGCAGCAGCAGAACCUGCAGCAGCACCAGUAGCUUCAGCAGAAGCGGCAGCAGCAGCAGCAGCUGGUGGUAGUGGAUCAGCAUCUGCCUCAGCAGCUUCGGGUUGUGUGGAUGCUCCGUCGUCUCAGCAGCGAGCUGCAAAGGAGACAGCAGGGCAGACAACAGCAGCAGAAAGAGGGGCAGCAGCAACAACAGCAGCAGCAACAGCAGCGGCCGAAGCAGCAACGCCAGCAGCAGCCGCAGAAGAAGACACAGAAGGAUGGAUUGCGGUGAAGCCCCGGCGGCCCCGCCGCUGGGCAGAUGCACCCAUAUCUGACGACGAAGAUUGCAACAUGCGUCGGUGCCCCCGUAGGCCCCACAGCGGCGCCCUCACUGGGCCGCAGCGGCAGCCUCAACGUGCUGGGGGCCCUCCAACUGUUAGGAGGCCCUGCAGCUACGUAGAUAGAGGCCCUGCAGCAGCAGCAGCAGGCGGCAGGCACCACCGACACCCCCACCACGUCUGUGUCUUCAGCGCCGCUGUUGCUGCUGGCCUUGUGAAUCCAGGAAGAGAUACUCAAGUUGUGCCCAGCGAGCAGCAGCAGCAGCAGCAGCAGCAGCAGCAAAACUACGCGGAGGCCGACAGGGACUUCCGACGGCCUGGGGGCUCGUGGCCUUCGCAUUCCUGCGGGUGGUAUCUUUGGCACAGCCCCAUGGGGAACGAGGGGAGCGGCAGCAGCAGCAAAAGCAGCAGCAGCAAGGGGCGGCUGCAAGAGGACUAUGAGAGAGGCCUUGUGCAGAUUGGGCGCGUAGGGUCUGCGAGAGGUAUCGUUGACCUGUGGAGUUUGCUGUCUCCUCGUGCUUUGGGGCCUCCAGUGAAUGUUGCUGCAUGCGUUGGGGGCUGUCUACCUCUGUGGGAGGACCCGGUUAAUAGAAGCGGGGGCCACUUCAUUAUUAGAAGCCUCGCCGGCAAGUCGCAGGCAGUGGGCGUAUUUUUGCUGCUGCUGCGGUCGCUGGAGCAGAAGCAGCAGCACAACAGACGUUCUCUGAAGGCUCUUCUGUCUACCCUUACAGCAGUUGUGCUCUGUCUGCGCAACAACGACAAGAGCCACAAAGUGGAGGUGUGGGUGGGUUCAACUGCUUGUCAGACGCUGCGGCAACAGGAGGCGCAGCUGCGGGAGUUCUUGAGCUGUGCUGCAGUGGGGCUGCACCGUCUAGACUUUGCUUUUCUGUCUCAUGAAGCCUGCUUAACUCGACACCACCGGAAGCUGCGCCUUAAACCGCAAAGACGGGAACCGGAGGCGUUGCCAGCAGCAGCAGGCGGGACGGCGUCUUCACAACAGCAACAGCAGGAUCAGCGGAAGCAACAAGAGCAGCAGCAGCACCACCACCAACAGCAGCAGCAGCAGCAGGUUUUGCUCGGCCGGGGGGUCCCAGAGGCAGACGCAGCAGCAGUGCGGGGGACCUCCCCAGGCACAAGCGGCGGCCUCCAUCACCCCUCUAUUGAAGGGGCCUCGUCUGCAUAUGAAAGUCUCAGCACUGACACGGGGAGCUCGCGGCGUAGCAGUAGCAAUAAGGGGGGCUUCGGCAGCAGCAGCAGCAGCAGCGGCAGCGUCGCAAGUCUCUGCUGUGAGACAGGAUCUCAUGCAAGCUACAAGAGCGUUAUUCUCAGGGGUAGCCACACAGGGAGACAGGUACAGCGGUGCGGUGUCUUACCAGUUAACCCAACCCAGGGGCCUCCUAUCAGCAGCAGCAGCAGCAACAGCAGCAGUAGUAGCAGCAGCUGCCGCGUAGGGGUGAAUGUGCCGGAAGAUGAGAAGAGAGCAGUGCACAAGGACAGUACAGAAGUUCUGCCUCAAGCGAAUAGACAGCAGGUGCAGCUGCAACAGCAGGUGCUGCAGCAAGAUCAAGCUGUCAGCAGCAGCAGCAGCAUCAACAGUGCCAGGCCGUCAGCAUCAUCUGGAGGGGCUGUAGGUGCUGCUGCAGGGAAGUUGGCGGGUGCCCCUGCCUUUGUUGCUAGCGGGAGAGAGACAAUGUAUAUCAUGGAAGGUGCAGCAGCAGCAGGGGCAGAAGGUGCAGCAGCACCAAGGGCAGCAGGUGCAGCAGCAGGAGGGGCAGAAGCAGGUGCAGCAGCAGGAGGGGCAGAAGCAGGUGCAGCAGGUGCAGCAGCAGCAGGAGGGGAAGCAGCAGGUGCAGCAGGUGCAACAGCAGGUAGUCGGGUGUCUCGGGGAGGUGCUGCAGUGGGGAGGAGACUAGGAGGGAGACAGAAACCCCCAAGGAGACAGUACGGAAUGUGUGUGGGCAGCGAGGGACUCCGACCUGAGGAGCAGCUGCUGCAGCACCUUUACUCCUUCAAUGCCAGCGACAUCCCCGACUACUUCUCCAUGCAGCAGGCAGCAUAUCAGGGCCGUGCUGCUGUAUAUCAGAGUUACGCUGCUUGUGCAUCUGCAGCAGUUACUGCGGAAGAAGCUGCUGCUGCUGCUGUGCAGCAGCAGCAGCAAGUUGGAAUUAUGUGGGACUUCCCUCCAUUGACUUCUUCAGUGGCGGCUCCUGUGGCGGCGGCAGUUGCUUCUGCUUCUGCUGCUGCUGCUGCUGCUGCUGGGGUAGACCCUUGUGAGGGCCCGAAGCAGCAUCCAAAGCAGGCGCAGCUGGUGGCGCAGAACGCAGCGGGAACCCCAGAAAACGGCAGCAGCAGCAGCAGCAACAGCAGCAGCAGCACGCCGCAGGGUAAGCAGUUCGCGUUUAAUCCACAUGCCCCAGGGUUUGUUAUGCCAGCCCGUCCGCUCUCAUCCUCUCCACUGGCGACAGAAACAGCAGCAGCGGCAGCAGCAGCAGCAGCUGCUGCUGCUGCAGCCAGUGGCGUGGAGGGCGUCAGCGAGUGUUGUGCUGCAGCUGCGGCUGAAGCGUCCCGAAAUUUGCUGCUGCAGCCUGCUGUAGUUGCUGACGCGAGCACUGUCUCCUCUAUUGGAGCUUCAUUUGUAAGCGACUGCGAUUCUGCCGGGGGUGGUGCUGCUGCGACAGAGGCGGAGGCAGCAGCAGCAGCAGCAGCAGCUGCUGCUGCUGCUGCAGGCUACAUGGGGGGCUUGCUAGAUGCAGACUUUGUCGACCCGCAAGACCCCUCUUCUUUGCUGCUAAUUACGCUGAUGCUGCACCCCUCUCUAGAUGAAGGGGACCCGCUGCAGGUGCCGCUGCUGCCGUUUCCAAGGAUGGAUGGGCAGGCUGCUGCCUUGGAGGCUCAGGGAUGGGAGGUGCAGGAGACUCAGCAGCAGCAGCAGCAGCAGCAGCAGCAUCAAUUACGAGCGGGGGACAACUGCAGCAACAGCCCAUCGCAAAUAAGCCUUACCCUGGACUACGAAGAAAUCACCCAGACGUUGUCAGUAGACAUUCAACAGAAUUAA